AAACAAUAUUAUUCGGCAAAAAAAGUUCCAACUUUUGCCAACAGAAGAAAACGACCCACCAACAAACUGGAAAAUGGUAAUCAUACCAUCCAAAGGAAGAAGCUAAAGAAGCAAGCAAACUAAAACAAAAGGCCUAAAAUGAGUUAAACAAGAAAUCAUCCAUUGUCUAGCUGUCAAAAAGAAUCUCUCUAUAUUUUUUUUUCUAAUUUCUUUUUUUUCAUCUUAUUAAUUCAUUCCCUCCUUUUUCAAUCAAAAAAUUCAGACAAUUGUACUAGUAUAAUCUUUCCUUGCCUUCAAAUCAUGGGUUCUAAGCAAAACUCAUCAUCACAUGACUUUUUUGAUGAUAUUGUACAAACUCAGUAGUGUGUGUGUGUGUGUGUACCUGUGUUAUUAUUACUGUAUUCAUUACCCUGAAUGUUGUUUGUUUCAGGUUACUUUCAUGAUUCCUACAGGAAUUGAAUGCUUUAAAAGAAAAAUCCGGCUCCACCACCAAGAAUAUUUACUCUGUUUUUUUGAUUUUCUUCUCUGUUUCCAGACGCGCCAUAAAUUCAAUACAAUUAAUGAGAUGAGGUACAAAUCUUUUGCAGAGUUAUUAAAUGGAGUGAUUUAAAUAGGGUAGCUAUCCUUCUUGUUCCGGUUUUUACAUUUAAAAGUUACAUUCAUGAAGGUGUUUUUGUUGAGCCCUUUUGGCUUAAGAAGAUAAUCAUGGAGAUUAACUGCCCAGAAGUCAAAUCCAAGAUGGAAGAUUAUGAAGUUGUAGAACAGAUUGGAAGAGGUGCUUUUGGAGCUGCCUUACUUGCUCAUCACAAGACACAGAGAAAAAAGUAUGUGCUGAAGAAGAUCCGGUUAGCCCGACAAACGGCGAAACAACAACGAACUGCGCAUCAAGAGAUGAAGUUGAUGGCAAAUCUGAACAACCCAUACAUUGUGCGAUUUAAAGACGCGUGGGUAGAGAAGGUACAUGAAUAAGAAUGGAAUGCGUUUUUCAGAUUUGAUAAACUAGUGAUUUCUAACCGGCCACAGGUUGGAUCAUGUUUGCAAGUAUAAGUAUGAACCCUGAAAGAUUAAUGACAAACUAGCUGAUCAUUUUCUGCUAUAACAAGACAGAUUUCUGAUGAAACAGGAUGGCUCUGUGUGUAUAGUGACAAGUUAUUGUGAAGGUGGAGAUAUGGCUAAGCUGAUCAAGAAAGCCAAGGGGGCCUUAUUCCCUGAGGAGAAGAUUUGUAGAUGGAUGACUCAGCUUUUGCUGGCUUUAGACUACCUUCAUUCGAAUCACAUUCUUCACAGGGAUCUCAAGUGCUCAAACAUUUUCCUUACAAAAGACCAAGAAAUAAGAUUAGGUGACUUUGGACUAGCAAAGCUGCUGACAAAUGGUGGUCUUGCUUCUUCAGUUGUGGGUACUCCAAAUUACAUGUGCCCCGAGCUCCUGGCAGAUAUACCUUACGGCUACAAAUCUGAUAUCUGGUCCCUGGGCUGCUGUAUGUUUGAGAUUGCUACUCAUCAACCUCCAUUCAGAGCUGCAGAUAUCGCGGGGCUUGUAAACAAAAUCAGCAGAUCAACAAUCUCUCCAAUUCCAAAUCUAUAUUCCUCCACAUUGAAGCAGUUGAUUAGGAGCAUGAUGAGGAAAAGUCCUGAUCACAGACCAACGGCUGCAGAGCUUCUGAGGCAUCCGCAUUUGCAACCAUACAUUGCUCAACAUCACAACUCAUCACCAGUGUUCCUCCCAAUAAAAUCCGCAAAGGAUUCUAACCGUCGUCGCUUGUCAGGCAGAGGCGAAUUUGGAAAUAAUGCAAAAUGUGGGAAGGACAGACCGUCUAAACUUCCUCAAGGCGUUAAUCCGGUAGCUGGCGGAAACAUCAAUUGGCACAAUGAAAAUGCAAUUACUAGUAAACAGCUCCCAUGUAAGAUCCUUAAACCUAGUAAUGAGGCGAAGUGGACGCCUCGCAGUCCUUCCUUGAGGAAAGUUGCACCUAAGGCCAAAACCAAUGGAAGUCGCAGAUUAGGCAUGAGUCCUGUUAGGAAGGCUUAUGAAAGCUUUGAUUCCUCAAUAAGCACACUAACAGAUGAGGAGGAAGAUAAAGGGAAACAACUCUAUAUUCAUCAACCAGUAGCUCGCGAAUCCGAGGGAGCUGUUUUCCAGGAACUAUAUAUCAAUUGGCUACUUGAAGAUGAAGAUGAAGUAUCAUCAGAAGCUACAGAAAUAUUUGAAGACAAACAAGAACAAGAAUCUAAACUCUGCAAGCAAACAAUGGUAGAACCACAUUCAAGGACUAAUUCCACCAACUUAUCAACAAUGUCUGGCAAUGAUCACAUAGUUACUAGAGAAAGUGAUGAUAGGGAUCAAGAAAAAUCCGUUGCAGAAAUUGUCAGCCAGCAAAGAGCAGAUGCACUGGAGUCAUUACUUGAACUCUGUGCUAAACUACUUAAACGGGAACGGAUCGAAGAACUUGCUGGUGUGCUGCAGCCCUUUGGUGAAGAAACUGUUUCAUCAAGAGAAACAGCCAUUUGGUUGACAAAGGGACUCCUCAAUAUUCAGAAUCAAAGUACUGGUAGAAGCUAAACGUUUUUCUUGUGCAUAGUUACCUUAGCUAAUUACUCCUUCCGUCCCACAAAAAUAGUCCACAUUAAAUUUUGAAUUUUGUACUAUUUUCAGUAUAAAUUUAAAAACUCAAUGUAGAUUAUUUUUUUGGGACGGGGGUAGUAUUUAAUUUGAGUUGUAAUUAGAAAGAAUCAACCACAAAAAUGGUACAAUAUUGCAGCAUUGUAUCUCAGGCUUAAGUUUUGAAUUUGUCACCAUUUUCUGCUAAAUUUAAAUCUUUGUUACAUAUGUAUUUUUCUUUUAUAGUAAGUCAAAGAAAACCAUGAGGUAAUCCUAUACGAUUUCGAGC